AUGGACGAACGCUCAAUUGCUCCGUCGUCUUCUUACAGCUAUCCAUCGACAGAGGCUUCGUUUCAAGUUCCUCUGUCACAAUCUGCGGAUCCCACAUCGUCAGCAUUAUCCUUUAAGUCUCUUCUAGAGGACCCCGUAAAUCCAACGUUUCCGUCGUACACACCUACUCGAACGGAAAUUACUCCUGUCGCCCUUUCUCCCAUUCCAAUUGUUCCAAGCCAUGAUUUCCAGAUAUAUUUGCAUCAAAUCUUUCAUGAAUAUGCUCGUUAUUCCAAGCAGAAACAAGCUAGUUUUCAUCGCUAUGUAGAACGUCAAACCAAACGCCUCAGUUGUAACUCUGGUUCUAGUGUGCACGAUUCGCACGCACGUCGCAAUUCGUUGUCAACAGCUCGAGGUGAGCUCAAAAGCGAGUCCUCGUAUCCAUCAUCGAAUUCAGAUACCAUCACCUUUAACCGUGAGGAGCUUCCACCUUCUACUCCAAGUGUCGUGGACAAAUUUCCUCUAUCUACUAUCCCAUCCAUAUACUUUCAAGACGAUUUUAAUCUCGAUGAUCCUCAGACGUUUGACAUCGCAAGCGAACAUGUCGAUAUUACUCAGGCUGGAGAUGCUCAACAUGCUAACCGAAAACUAUUAUUAAAUAACUCCAUGUUGCAGGAGAAAAUUUCUUGGUAUCUUGAUAUCGUUGAACUUCAUUUGUUGCAUGAGAUUGAGAAUGCUAGUGAUAGUUUCCCUAUCAUCAUGGAAAAUCUUAAAAAUCUUAAAAAAGAUGAAAAAACCUGCUUACAAGAUACUCAUGACUUUUUGGAGAACCUCAAUCAAAUAACAAAAGCUCGUGAUGAACAACGAGAAGCCAUUUCUAGACAGGAGCAGUCUUGCUCACAGCUUCAUGAAUUAAUUCAGUCGCUGUCAUUUUUGGAGUCGCUCUUUACUUUGAGCAAUCAAGCUCACCAAUCUGCCCUUGAUGGUCAUUUCUUGAAUGCGAUCGAUGGGAUCCAUUCCAUCACUUCCCAACUAGAAUUAAAAUCUAAGCAAGAAUCCAUCGAUUUUAGCUCCUUGCCUGCCAUUAUCGAUCUUUUAGAGGACCAACAUUCUCUAUACAAUACCAUAUCUCAAACUGUAAUCCAGAAAUUCCCCGAAAUCCUUAUUCAAGAUAUACGCGAUUUUUCCUCUCAGAAAUCUCCCUCCGAUUUAUUGAAUAUCUAUUUGAAGAAAAAUAAAAAGUUACGGGCGAAUACGGAUCCUUUACCCCUCGUUACCGACUUUCCUCCUGGUUUUAUAAAAAGGCUGGAACGGUUCAUUGAUUGUCUUCUCCUUACAGAUGGUCUCCAAUCUGGUUUAACUAUAUUUAAAACUUCUGUAUUCAAAGAACUAGAGUCUCUCAUUACACAAGCCUUUGCUAAACUGAAUUCUCUACAUAGACAUACCGAUCGUCGAAGUAUCAGUACUACGAGCCUCUCCAGCUUAUCGAAUUCUGCUUCUCAAUCCUUAGCGGACGGAUCCAAUGAAAGUAAUUUUAAUGCUGAUUUUUACAACAUGCUCACAACAAUUUAUUUUACAUCUUUGGAAGUUUUGCGUCGACUGGGGCAACAACUGAAACUGUUAAUUGACAUCUUAUCGAGAAAAGAUCAAGAGCAGUAUCAUUAUUCCGUUGCUUUAAACGAUUUAAUGACGAUUAGUUCCGAACUCAUUUUACAAAAAAUUACACACAUAAACAGCGCUCAUUUUAAUGCUUCGGGUAGUUUUUCUUUACAGGAGUCUCUAAAGUUGUUUACAUUGCAUUCUUUGUUUUAUAAUGAACUUGAAAAUCUAUGUGGCAUCACGCAAAACAAUUUUAUGUCGAUUGUCAUGCAAGAACUUCAGAAAUGGUUCCGAAACGAUCAAUUGAAAAGUACUCAACGCAUUGCUUUAGAUUAUGAAAGGGAAAAGUGGGAAGCUAUUUCAGUUAGCCAAGAAGUGCAGAGAAUGGCAUCUCGUAUUGAUCAAUGCCCAACUAAUGUUUCAGAUGAUUGGAUUUUUUUUCAAGAAUCAAGUUUGAAUGACAUAAAAAACUCAAAAGAAGAAGGCGAGUCAGCUUUGUCAGAUACUUGCUUUCUUCAAAAUCAAUCAAUUCAUAUGGUUAGUGCUUCGGUACGUGUACUUGAAAGCGUGGAUCAAUACGGACACUUAGUAUAUCACUUUCCAAGACUCUCUCAUGAUUUUUACUAUGGCAUGAUAGAGCUUUUACGAACUUUGAAUUCACGAGUGUAUCAGCUAAUUCUUGGAGCUGGAACUGUACGAUCAUCAGGACUCACUAGGGUAUUGGGAAAGCAUAUUGCGUUAGCUUCACAAACAGUGACUUUGCUUCAAGCAUUGUCAACAUCUGUGUUCAAAUUUCUCUCAAAAAAUUAUGGGAUUAAGCAAACGCAAGAAUUGCUCUCCCUCGAAAACGAUUUUAACUUACAUCAUAAUCAGAUUACUGAAAAGUUUAUUGCUCUCAUGAGAGAAAAAUCAAACUUUUGUUGCGGUCAAAUUAUCACAGUUAACUGGGUUAAUGAAGAGCCUCAUGAUUAUAUGAAGGACCUUAUUAAGAAUCUGGUCAAAUUGUAUAAAGUUUUACACCGUUACUCUGAACCGGAUUGCGAACGCGUUAUUCCGGAUGUCAUAAAGAUGUUUGAAGACAGAUUGCAGCUGGAACUCACAGAUCUUGUACAAGAUCCUGCAAAAUGGAUUGGUAUAAAGAAAGAUUUGUCAUUUUUUUACGAUUCAUUAUCCAGCAAGUGUGGUUAUGUUGGUAGUGCAGAAGUACUCAAAAAAUUUGAGCGUGCAAUAGGGCAAAAUGCCUCUGAUAAAUUGACUACAUGA